AUGGAAGAUUUCAACGCAAAACUAGGUACAAGAAGGAACGGUGAGCUGAAAGUAGGGAAAUUCGGAAUAGGUCAACGGAACCCAAGGGGCCAGCAGCUGGCCGACUUCAUGGAGAAAGAGGGACUCUUUAUGAUGAACUCUUUCUUCCAGAAGCGGUCCCACAGGGAGUGGACCUGGUCGAGCCCCGACGGUUUAACAAAAAAUGAGAUUGACUUCAUUAUGACGACAAGACGUCAACUGUUCGGCAUUAACGAAUUAGUAAGUUGA